AUGCGGGAAGUCGAGAUCGACUGGAACCAAGUCGUUGAGCUCAUGGCCACCGAGGGGCUGAACCCCAAUAUCAAAGAAGCUGGCUCUGGCAUCACAAGUCUUCAUCGUGCGGCGAGUGCCGGGCAGGCUGAGGUUCUGCUGUGGUGCAUCCGGACAAAGGCCGAGGUCGAUGGCCGCACCCAGCUUGGGCGCAGUGCUUUGCACUACGCUUGCGAGUGCUCGCGUCCGCGCUGCGUGCGGCUCUUGCUAGAACAUCAAGCUGAUGCAAAUUUGCGAACUUUAAGCUACCUUACACCGCUGCACUUGGCAUGCCAAGCGAACAGCACUGAGGUAGUUUCUGCACUUCUGCAGGAUCCGAAGCAGGUGGUGGAUGUGGAUGCAGAGGACACGAAGCGGCGUUCGGCCGAGGCCCUGAGCACCAACCAGCAGAUCCACCGGCUCGUGCGGAAAUACCGUGCACAGCUGGACGAACGCCGGAAAGCACAGCUUGUCGAGCAGUGCCUACAGCGUCUCUUCAGUUUCUUCGAUGUCAACCAGGAUGGUAUGAUCCACCCAGAGGAGUGGGCUGACAGCAUGACUCUCUUGGCAGAGUUCUUUGAGAAUCAUAGCGAUCAGUCCAUCUCGAUGAUGUUUGAGGAGAUCGACAAGGACGAAAGUGGCUUCAUCGACUGGCAAGAGUUCAAGGCCUCCUAUGCGGAGCUUCUCCAGGUCAUCAACGUGCCAUUCCGGGAACUCAUGGACACCUUGUCUGACGUGGAUCGGGCCAUCCUGAAGGAAAAGCUCCGGCUGGAAAGGGAAGAGGACGAGGCUUCGAAAGCCCUCCAAGCUCAGGAGCAGGAGGUGGCAGAGUUUGGUGAGGAGGAGCCCGAGGAUUCUCCCACGAAGCGGAAGGAUGCACCCGCCGUGACAGUCUCGGCAGCUGGCAAGGCGGCUGUUGCGAUGAAGCGGUUCCGAGCUCCCGUGGUUUCGCCAAAGGCGAAGGCCAUGUCUUUGCGUCGUGUUGCCCUGCGGCGCCACAGCGACCAUCAAGUGGCGGAGACAGCUGAAGAGGCCCUGGCUUUGUUCGCGGCUUCUCAGGAGACUGCGCCCCUGCCCGUGCCGACCGAGAGCCUACACAGCCUGCAAAGCAACCCAAACGAAGCCGACGACGGGAAGGAGAAUGUUCUCCCGACGGGGCCGGAUUUGGGUUCGACUUCGUUGUCCGCGUUGGAAAACGUCGAUGCGGAGUACCGAACAGCGCUGUCAGACAGCCCUGUCGUGGAUGAAGUCUGCUCUAUGCAGGCGCAGGAGAGGCAGGAUGCUUACGACGCCUGGCAUGCGGAGCGAGACCCGGCUUUGAAAGUCUUCAGCAAAAUGUUUGGUGAAGAGUGGACGGAGGGCAUUCCAUGGAUGGGAGCCAACGACACCAACGAGUACGAGGCGCAGUUUGACCUUUCCGGGAGCCACUCUGAUCAGGUGGAGCUGCUGGUGACAACAUUGGGCUUCGGGUACGUGCAGAUUAACGGGCAGGAGGUGUCCCAGGACAUUCUUUCCUACGCCGGGUGGACCAGAACCGACCGACGUGUCCUCUAUCGAAGCUACGAGGUGACCAAAUUGCUGAAUGGCACAGCUGGUGGAAAUUUGUUCGUGGCCCUGGGAUGUGGAUACAGGUGCGACCCAAAAGGCAGAUUUCCGAGCUACAAGGACCCGGCGGAAGGCUCGCAGGACACAAUCCCGAAGGUUUUCCGACUACAGAUGCGGAUCAACGGGCGACUUGCCUUCCACACCGGCACGCCCGGGGCCUGGCGCCGGCGUCAGGGCCCAGUGACGGAGGACUCCGUUUACGAUGGUGAAGUUUACAAUCCGAGGGCAGUUGGCCCAUGGAUGCCAUCGGAGUCCCUUCCCCUGAACCACGGGCCACCGGGGGCGAUGGUCGCUGCGUCCUUCCCAGGCGUCCAGGUGACUCGGGUGGAUCAUCCAAUGUCGAUCACAGCGCCAGCUCCUGGUGUCCACGUAGUUGACUUUGGCUCCAACGUUGCGGGGGUCUGCCAGAUCUCCGUCCCUCAAGCGGCGACGGUCACGCUGAAGCACGGAGAGGUACUGCAGCAUGCAGUCAUGCCACUCAAGAAAAUCGACCCAUCCCGCGUCUACUUCGACAACUUGAGGUCUGCCGCUGCCAAUGAUACCCUGAUUCUGGAUGGGCCCAUCCAGAACUGGCGACCGCGAUUCACAUACCAUGGUUUCCGCUAUGUGGAAGUCUACGGUUUUCCGGGACAGCUGACGGCCGAGUUCAUACAGCGGCUGGUGAUCAACACGGCUCUCCCGGAUCGAGUCAACGUGACCCUCUCAGACGAGGUCCUGCAGGCGAUCCACAUGGGCUCCAAGGGGGUGCAGCGCUCAAACCUGAUGCAGGUGCCAACUGACUGUCCUCAGCGCGACGAGCGGUUGGGCUGGAUGGGUGACGCAUCGCUCUCUGCGGCAUCGCUUCUGGCUCACUGGGACUAUAAUAACAUGGUGUCCGCAUUUCUGGAUUCCAUGGUGGAUGAAAUGGGCGCAGAUGGGUCGUUGCCGGACGUGGUGCCCUUCCAGCGGUUCGGUGGGAGGCCGGCGGACCUCUCCUGGAGUGCGGCCUUCCUUGAAAACCUCUGGCAGCUCUGGCAGAAGGACGGUGACCUCAAGCCCGCGCAGAAGCAUUGGGACAGUGUGAAGGCCCACGUCAACAGCCUCCUCGCCACGUACACGGCAGCAGGGAAUGUCACGAAACUACCUCAGUCCUACGGCGACUGGUGCCCUCCCCCAAGGACCCUUGGUGGCCAGGGUACUGAGACACCGCCAGCUGGCUUCACAUCUGCUGUAUCUAUGCUUCGGAGCGUGCAGCAAGCGGCCGAUUUGGGCACGGCCUUGGGAGGUGCAGCAGCCAAAGAUGCAGAACCGAUGAUCACCUGGCACAAGAACAUGCUGGGCGCAUUUCACGAAGGCUACUACAAUCCCGUGAACAAAACCUACGCGAAUGGUGUCAUGGCGACUUAUGUGCUGCCCUUGGCCAUCGGCGCGGUCCCUGCCACAGAACUCCAAGCCGUCUCGCAAGGGCUCUUGAAGUAUAUAGCAGACCAUGGAAACACCUGGACCGGUGGAAUCAUCACCGUUCGCUUCUUGUUCGAUGUGCUGCAUGACAUUGGGGCUGCAGCGACGGCCCUCUCCAUGUUGCAAAAGAAGGACUAUCCAUCGUAUGGAUACAUGUACUUCAACGAGUACGAGCGUGCGAACGAGAGUAUGUGGGAGGAACCCGAUGCCCCGUAUCGGGGGCCAGGCAUGAAUUCCAGGGCACACCAUAUGUUCUCGUCCGUCGGCCACUACUUGACGGCCCGAGUGGCAGGCAUUUCGGUGUCCCGUGGCCAUCAUGUAGAGAUGGUGGUUGGGCAGCUUAGCCACGUGAAUGCUUCAGUCGCCACAGACUUUGGUGCUGUGCAGUUCAGCUGGUCAAGAAAGCCCUCGCUGACGGUCGAGGUCACAGUGCCAGUGGGUAUUUUGGCGUACCUCUUUGUGCCCGUGGCAGACGGCACAAUGAGUCUGCGAUCCUGUGAUGGGCAGCCAUUCGGCGAAGGGUUGCACUCCGUCGUUGCCGGUUCUGGGAAGUAUCGGCGCUUCAACGUUCCUUCUGGGGCGCAUACUCUGGCUGUGCAACACGAGGCGGUCUCGGGGGAGUUCAUCGUCUAG